CACUGGUCGCAAAUCCUCAUUCCGGGCGAGCUGAAGAGCAAUCCAUCGGCCGACAAAGCGCCAAAGGAAUGGCUUGAUCUUGGGAGGUACGGGAGGGAAGUACUCGCUGCUCAGGACACUCGUCGCUUCGUCUUGGGCUUUGCCAUCUGUGGUUCUCUCAUGAGGAUGUGGGAAUUUGAUCGGCUGGGAGGGGUCGCGUCCGAGCAGUUCGACAUCAACGAGGAUGGACUGCAGUUCGUGUUCACGAUCCUCGGGUUUCUCUGGAUGAGCGAGGAGGAGCUUGGCUUUGACCGAUAA